GAAAAUAAUCACCGAACCAGUAAACAAUCAAAAGAUAAUUUAUCAAACACCACCAACUAAUCACCCAAACCAGUAAACAACUCAGGACUAACGAAUCCGAGUGUCUUAGAACAAUCCAACUCCGAAAGCAACGAAACAAGUCGAAUUGAACACAAAGACAACCACAAUGCAAAACCAAUCCAGAGCCAUAUGCAAAAUCAACUAAGCAGCACCAAUGGAGCCCAGAUCUGACUCAAAAGGCACCCACAGUGGAACCCAACAGAAAACAAGCAACAAUCAGGAACACUACACAACCCUCACACAAAAAACCAAUUAGGGCUCACGGUGAAGCCCAGAAGAAACAAGCAGCUACUGGCGAAGCACAAAAUCCACCAGAAAACAGUCCCACACCAAACAGCAAUAAAGGUGUCAACAAUCAAGGGCAACCAGCAAGAGACACGGGGAGAACAGUGGUAUGCUUCAACAAAAAAAAAAAAAAAAAACCGAAGGCAGUCUGUCAAAAAACAAGGCCUCAAAAACUACGGAACCUCGACACACCCCAAGGCUUCAACAAUCAACCAGAAGGCCAACAGCACACCAGAAACAAGGUCCUGAGAAAGACACAGGUUCAUAUUCAAUCAACACAGCAGGCGAAAGGGCUACAGGCUUUUGCUCUAAUCUUGUGCUAUCACAUCCUUUGCCCAGUGAUGGCCAUGAUCCCAUCCUUUUUCCGUGGAAGAAAGAAGACAGAACUUUUAUAAAGCAAGGAUCUCCUCCUUUCCAACCUUAUCCAAAUAUGUGUGGGGCACUGUUCUUAAAACAGAGAAAUGGCGAUAAAGAGAAAACUACUCAACUUCGAGAAGAAAGUGCAGAAUUGGGCUAUGUAUUUGCCGUAAGUGUACACAGAGUUCAACUUCUUCUUCAAGUCCUUAGUGUAAAGAGGUUUCAUCAUUCACAGCAGCAGCAGCAGCAAAACUCAGCAACUGCACAAGAGGAAUUAACUCAAUCUGAAAUAGGAGAAAUUUGCGACUAUUUUAGCCGUCGUGUUGCAUCAGAGCCUUACGAUGCUUCUCGUGUGGCAUCAUUCAUUACUCUCCUGACUUUACCCAUCUCAGUUUUAAGAGAAUUCUUGAAACUUAUAGCAUGGAAGAAAGGAUUAGCUCAGGCACAAGGUGGAGAUAUAGCUCCGCCACAGAAAUCACGUAUUGAAUUAUGCCUUGAAAACCAUGCAGGAUUGAAUAUGGAUGGGAACUUUGACAAUUCGUCUGCAUCCAAAAGCAAUAUUCACUAUGAUCGCCCCCAUAAUUCUGUUGAUUUUGGGCUGACUGUUUUUCUUGAUCAUUCUCACAUACCUGACAUAAAUGCAGCUGGUGGUGCAGCUUGGUUGUCUUACUGUGUUUCUGUGAGGUUGAGAUAUUCAUUUGGUGAAAAUCCCAAUGUGUUGUUUCUGGGGAUGGAAGGAAGCCAUGGUGGCCGGGCUUGCUGGCUGCGAGUUGAUGACUGGGAGAAAUGUAAACAAAGGGUGGCUCGAAUGGUGGAAGUGAAUUGUUCUUCUACUGGUGAUGCUAGUCAAGGUAGGCUGAGAAUGGUUGCGGAUAGUGUGCAAAGAGUACUACAGGUGUGCCUACAAGGAUUGAGGGAAGGCAAUGGAAGCACUGGAACAACGUGAUGGGUUGGUUAACUUUUGAAUUGUUGGUAACACAGUUAUUAGGUCUUUGAUCGGUGGUACCUGCUAGUGUGUUAGUUUUCAAAAGUAAUGUUCUUCUGCAAUUCUGUUGCAGGGGAAACUCGAAAGUUGAUGGUAAUGAAGAAAAGCAGAAAAUUACAUGAGCUGAUUCUGGAACAUCCAGAAAGAGUGCUUUGUGUAUUCGGGGCCUUGUAGAGCUUGAGGUGUUUGGCUUUACCCAGAUGCAGUCAGGCGGUAGUUUCCCUUUGUACAGGUAACCCUACAGAUUGUCUUAACAUGUACAAAACUUGUUUGCUGAUAGUGUUGUACUCCCUCCACCGGAACCACCAUCACCACCACCACCAAAAGUAAAGAAACUGAAGAAACCAUUCACAAGAAUCCCAAGAUAAGGCCGCAGACUUGGCAAGAUGCCAAUGGUGGUGUUUGGUAAAUGGCCUCUUCAAUUACUACUUGUAGUCUUGGACUCUUGGUUUGAUGGUGUGCUUGUGUAAAUUAUCUGUAUCGUAUAAAGAAAAAUUUUGUUGGGGUCUGUAAUUGGCUAGUUAGUGGAAUUUUCCGAAUUUCUGGCUUUACCGAGCCAUCGAUGAUUUUGUGGCCAUGGGGGAGGACCUGUUGUAGAAGCUCUGAUACAUGUGUUGAUUGAACAAUUUCUGCUGCUGUGAUGUUUCUUUGUGAAAUCCAAUUUAGUUGAAGAAAGGAAAGAAGCAGCUGCUCAUCCAUAUAGUUGUUGCUGUUCUAUGAAUUCAUAUUUGAACUUCAACCUGGUUUGGUCAUUCAUAAGAUUGUUCAUGCUUCUUUUCAGGAUAUCAUAUUU